GAACGCGCAUCAAAUUAGCAUCGAUGAAGUUUGUGCGAACAUGGCGGAUUUCCUGCCGACCAGGUCCGUGUUAAAAGUUUGUCUACCCGUCUGCCUGCUUAACAGCGGCGAGGUGGAACAGCUGAGAAAGUCCAAAGAGAUCGACAGAUGUCUCUCCAAGGAGAAAACGUACGUAAAACGGCUGGUAAAGAUCCUGCUGCUCGGCGCUGGCGAGAGCGGCAAGUCGACUUUCCUCAAACAAAUGCGGAUCAUCCACGGCCAGGACUUCGACCAGCACGCCCGAGAGGAGUUCAAAGCAACGAUUUACAGCAAUGUUAUCAAAGGCAUACGUGUGCUGGUGGAUGCACGCGAGAAGCUGCACAUCCAGUGGGGUGAUGAAGACAACCAGCAGCACGGUGACACCAUGAUGGCGUUCGACACCCGCUCAUCCAAGAUGGCCAGCGGGCAGCUCGAGACGUCGGUUUUCUUGCAGUACCUGCCCGCCAUUAGGGCCCUGUGGGCAGACUCGGGCAUACAGAACGCCUACGAUCGCCGUAGAGAGUUUCAGCUGGGUGAGUCAGUGAAGUAUUUCUUGGAUAAUCUGGAUAAGCUUGGCGACCUGGAUUAUCUUCCCAGUCAACAGGACAUCCUGCUGGCUCGUAAACCCACUAAGGGCAUCCAUGAGUAUGACUUUGAGAUCAAGAACGUUCCCUUCAAGAUGGUGGAUGUGGGAGGGCAGCGGUCAGAGCGGAGGCGCUGGUUCGAGUGUUUUGACUCUGUCACCUCAAUCCUCUUCCUUGUCUCCUCCUCUGAAUACGACCAGGUGCUGAUGGAGGACAGGCAGACCAACCGGCUUCGCGAAUCCCUCAACAUCUUCGAGACCAUUGUCAACAACCGUGUCUUCAACAAUGUUUCGAUCAUUCUCUUCCUCAACAAGACAGACCUGCUGGAGGAGAAGGUCAAAAACGUUCCCCUCAAGGACUACUUUCCCGAAUACGACGGGCCGGAGCACAGCCUGCCGGACAUCCAGGCAUUCAUGGUGGAGUGCUUCCGGGACAAGCGUCGCGAUGGUACUCAGAAGCCCCUGUACCACCACUUCACCACGGCUAUCAACACGGAAAACAUCAGGCUGGUGUUUCGGGAUGUCAAGGACACCAUCCUGCAUGACAAUCUCAAACAGCUCAUGCUCCAGUGACCUCUGACAGCCUGUGAAAAUAGAGGACCUGAACAGGGACAGACCACCCCCCCCCCCCCUCGACCAUGAAGAGGACAUGGGAGAGAGCAGUGUCAGAAGAAUCCAGUAGACAUCAGCGUUCUUCUUCAGACAUUUUUAUAUUAGUUUUUACUCAUUGAAGAGUUGGCCCUCUUGUAAGUUCAGGAUUGAGAGGAAUGAGUAAGCCGUGCAGACCGUGGUAAUCUAGAAAGGCAAGAAGCCUUGUUUGGAUCUUUGAUAACAUCUGAACCAUGCUGCUUCACCUCCUCUGUCCUCAGCUCUGCAUUUCAGCAGAACUUGCUGAGGCUUUUUUUCUCUCAAGGUGUCAGUGCUGGUGCCAGCAAAAGGUUUUACAAACGAGGCAUAUGGUUUCCAAAACAAUGCAGGAAUUAACCACAGUGAAAUAAUCUUUAAUUAGCAAUACUGUAUGUGUCAGAGCUGAUUUGUCAAACACUGAAUUAAUCUAGUCCAAAUUCACUGUUAUGUCUGUUGAAGGUUGUUGCUAAGUCCUUUUACUCUGUAGGUGAGUUUGUCACACCAUUCAUCUUCCCGUUGGCGGUCAUGAGCUUUUCUUCGUUCUGGAUCAGCAGGUCCAAGGUGUCCGAUCGGAAACGGUCGAAUUACCGUCAGUCACAUUCCGAAUGGUUAAAGAUACGAGGAGUGAACUGGCUCCAGCACUGGCAUCUUGUUUGCAGAAAACCGCUUGAAGAGGGCACAACCACCAGACUGAAACUUUUAAUGCCUUUUGACAUAAUUUCUUAAGACUUAAUCAUUAUUUAAAUGUUGCUUUAUUAUUAAAUCUUUAAUCAGAUAAUUAAUAUGCCAGUUUCCAUGCAAAUUGUCCCUCAUUUUUGGCUGUUCAGAGGGUAGAAAGAUUACCUUCUUGGGCAGGUGUGCCAGUUAGUGAACGAUACAGUCCACUGUUUUCUCAGGGUUGAAUCAAAGCCGGUGUCGAUGCUGAUAUAAUUGUUGACGAGCUCACUGAAUAUUCUGAUUAUAAUUUUUUUUUUUUUUUUAAAUAAAUCUGAGUGGUGCAACUCAGCUGUUAGCCGGGUGGUGUUUAGCACCGUAUUCUCCUGGCCUUGACCACUGACAUUGAUGCAGAACUCCCCCCUCUUUCUCAUCUGUGAUUAGAUGCCUUGCAAAGGGACAGCCCUCCCCUGUUUGCAUGUUUGAAUCAUGAAUGUGUGUUAAUAAAUGUACAGAGAUUUGCUCUAGAUUGUUUGAAUAUACUGUAACCGACAUUAAUGUGGUAAGAUGUAACCCAUCAUGUGAGUAUCUGUUUUGGCACUGACUCCAGGCAUCUCUGAAAAACCCUUGAACAGUUUUUGUUUUGUUUUUUUCAUGUGUUUAGAUUUCCUUCAAAACUACAUUAUGAAUUAUGUGACAACAAAAAAAAGAAAAAAAGCUACUGGAGUUGAAUACUUCUGUCAGUGACUGUAUUCUGUAGGGGGGCAAUCUUUGUUAGACAAUUUCCAGGCACUGUUAAAAUCUCUGCUUCUUUGCCAAAAAAUCACCCAAUGCUUUUUUCAGGACCGUUCACAGUGGCAGUCUCCAGUUUUACUCCAAACAUGUAGCUCAUGAGAACUUAACUCUGCUUCCAGUCCUGGCUUUGUAAAUACUGUAAUCUGUUGCCAUGUAAAUAAUAUCCAGGUUUAUCUCUUAUAUGUAAAUGGUUGUAGAAAUGCCAGAUUUUUUUUUUCCAUUCUGAAUUUGUUUUGUUUGUUUGUUUUUUUUUCAAAUCACAGCUUUUCCAAUGAAGAUGGAUGUAGUGGUAUUUUGUGUAAUUUUUUUCCUCCAUCAUGCCUUUUUUCAAAAAAAAAAAAAAAAAAAUCAUGCUCGUGUCUCAUGCCACUCUAACCUUAUCAAUAAA